AUGGAGAGCACCGACUCAUCCACCGGUUCCCAGCAACCGAACCUGCCGCCCGGAUUCCGGUUCCACCCCACCGACGAGGAGCUCGUCGUUCACUACCUCAAGAAGAAGGCAGCCUCCGCUCCCCUCCCCGUCGCCAUCAUCGCCGAGGUCGACCUCUACAAGUUCGACCCCUGGGAACUCCCCGCUAAGGCAGCAUUUGGGGAGCAAGAGUGGUACUUCUUCAGCCCGAGGGACAGGAAGUACCCGAACGGAGCGAGGCCAAACAGGGCAGCGACAUCUGGGUAUUGGAAGGCGACGGGGACGGAUAAGCCCGUGCUCACAUCCAAUGGAAACCAAAAGGUGGGGGUCAAGAAAGCUUUGGUCUUUUACGGUGGGAAACCCCCAAGAGGCAUCAAAACCAAUUGGAUCAUGCACGAGUACCGCCUCGUCGAUAAUAAGCCUAACAAUAAGCCUCCUGGUUGUGACUUAGGCAACAAGAAAAACUCUCUCCGGCUGGACGACUGGGUGCUGUGCCGAAUCUACAAGAAGACCAACACGCAGAGAUCACCUAUGGAUCAUGAAAGGGACGAUUCGAUGGAUGAUAUGAUUGGGAUUGGAGGGGUGCCUCCUUCGAUCAACGUGGGCCAAAUGAAUGCGAGGUUUCACCUUUCCAAGAUGUCCACGUUAAGCUAUGGUGGAACGGCACUACUGGAGAAUCAUCAUCAUGAUCAGAACUUGCUGGAAGGAGUCAUAUCGAGCAGCAACAACAAUAAGGAAUCAGAUCUUCAACUUCCCUUUGUGCCAACCAUGACUGCUUCGACUGCCUCUAAUUCAAACACGAAACGAACACUUUCGUCGAUGUAUUGGAGCAAUAACAGUGAAGAGGAGGACGUGAAUGGCACUAAAAGGUUGGGUUUGGAUGAAGAUCAUCAUCAUCAUCAUCAUAACAACAACAACAACAACGAGGGUGGUGGUAAUUCCAUAGCCACCUUGCUUAACCAGAUUCCUCAGACUCCUUCAUUGCACCACCAGCCAAUGCUUAGCUCAUACCCAUAUUCUAUACCUGGGAUGAAUUGGUACGCUUGA